AUGGCUCUCCGAAGAACUGUUGUCCUUGCAGUCGCAGCCGUCAGCGUCUUCACCACGAGAUUCAUUGGCUACGCUGCUGCGAGCCCCCGUGUAGAGGAGCAACAGCCCAUUUUAAACUCUGAGCCGCAGGAUGGAGAGGACGACUCUUACUGGACGAACUCACCGCUGUAUAAGCGUGCGGAAACGCUGAUGAGGGAGAGUCCCCUUAUCGACACGCACAUUGAUCUCCCUCAGAUCAUCCGGUCCCUUGACCGUUAUCCACUCUCCAUCCUCCUCGACCUUGCGACUUAUACGCCGGGCCACAUCGACAUUCCCCGCCUGCGAAAGGGCCACCUCGGCGCAGCCUUCUGGACCGUCUGGGCGCCAUGCCCGGACUUCCUGGGCAUCGAUGUCGGCGCCGAUUACAACUAUCCCAACGACGGCCUCCGCGACGCCCUGGAGGUCCUCGACCUUAUCAACCAGAUGAUAGCCUCGCACCCAGACCACUUCCAGCACGCCCGCUCAUCGCAGGACAUCCGCUCCGCCUUCGAGUCAGGCAAGGUCGCCAGCCUGCUCGGCAUGGAGGGCACCCACUUCCUCGGGAACUCCCUGUCGACAGUCAGGCUGUUCGCGCAGCUGGACGUCCGCUACGUCAGCCUCACGCACAUGUGCCACAGCGCGUUCGCCAGCUCCUCCGGGUUCGGCAAGCCCAUGGGCCGGUCGGGACACGAGGGAAACGGGCUCUCGGACCUGGGGAGGGAGCUCAUCGCCGAGCUGAACCGCCUGGGCCUGCUGGUCGACCUGUCGCACUCGAGCGACGAGACCGCGAGGCAGGCCAUCGGGCUGUCCAAGGCGCCCGUGGUCUGGACGCACUCCGUCUCACGGGCCCUGCACGACCACCCGCGGAAUGUGCCUGAUGACGUGCUGAGCCUGAUUGGCUCCGGGCAGGGCAAGAACCCCGGGGUCGUGCAGUGUGUGUUCUUCCCUGCGUUCGUGGGCCCCACGGUCGAGGCUGCCAAUGUCUCGAGGCUCGCGGAUCAUAUUGAGCAUGUUGCUGGUAUUGUGGGCAGGAAGCACGUCGGGAUAGGCUCCGACUUUGACGGCAUGUUUGCUUCCGUCAAGGGGCUCGAGGAUGCCAGCAAGUAUCCGAACUUGGUCACUGAAAUGCUGAUCCGCGACUGGUCGGACGAAGAGAUCAAGGAUCUGAUGGGGCGGAAUCUCAUGCGAGUCAUGGACGAGGUGGACGCCGUCUCCGAGAGCCUCCGGUCUGAAACAGCCUCAGCGGCGAUCUGGGAGAAACGAAGAGAUCUGCCAGCCCAGUGGGGCGGCGAUGGUAACAUGUUCUACCCAUACGAGGUGCAGGACAUUCAGGCCAAAAUACCCCAACACGACGAGUUGUAA